ACACAAAUUUAAACCAAACACAUUUCAAAUAUUCCUUUCUCUCUUCGUUACAGGCAUAAAGAUGAGCGUAGAAAUUCUCGACGGUGCCACAAUAGUGAACUUCGUGGAAGACGAAGAAGCAUUUGACAUAUCAGUGAGUGCUCUGUUUGGCCAACUUGAUACCGACAAGGACGGUCUUCUAUCUUAUGGUGAGAUGCUGAACGAGUUGAAGAGGCUUAGGGUUUUCGAGACUCACUUUGGGAUCGACGUGAAGACUGAAGAAGACGAAGCUGCUCGAGUUUAUGACUCACUGUUUGUUCAGUUCGAUCAUGACUUGAAUGGAAGAGUCGAUCUGAGAGAGUUCAAAGAGGAGACGAAGAAAAUGAUGAUUGCUAUGGCUAAUGGCAUUGGCUUUGUUCCUCUUCAGAUGGCUCUUGAAGCUGAUAGUCUCCUGUUGAAGGCUGUUCAGAGAGAAUCCAUGGCUCCCCUUGCUGCUUAAUUGAUUGAUCUCGAUCCUCUAUUUACUAUUGCAUCGUUAUAUUUAUGUUUUUGGAUCAGUUUUGGAAGUUCCUUUACGUUUUGGAUCUCUUUCAUUUUUAUUAUUUUCGAUCCAGGGAGAAAGAUGCUGGUGUAUUGUGAUUUGAUUUUGAUUAGUCCCUCCGAUUCAAUUUUGGAAUGGUUUAUGCCUUUAUGGUAAAACUUUUAUGUAAACGUUCAGCUUAUUAAGCCACUUUAUUGCUCUAG